CUCUUUUCUACAAGUUUAAACUCAACAUUGCAAAUCAAGACCCAAUCACCCACAAUCACUUAUCCCGCAAGAACAACAUCCUCAAAAACCCCAAUCCCCCUUCACACUCUGUCAAACCCGCUCUUGAGCCCCGGGUCUGGGCCACCAAGAUCAAGUCUAACAGUCGACCAAGAAAUGCCCGAGUCCAAGGCCGAGAAGAUCGAGAGGGUCAAGGCCAACCUGCCUCUUCCCGAGCAGCCGCCUGCCGCCUCUGACCUGAAGUCUGCCAACAUGAAGACCACGUCCAGCGAAGGCGUCUCCGCCGGCGACGUCUCGACCGGUGCCGGCGUCACCUCCGGCCUGCGCGAGCCUGCCACCAAGGCCUCGAACGAGAUCGACAUGAGCGGGAUCGGUCGACAAGGCAAGGACGGCCUAAAUGAGCCGCCCAAGGACGCCAGGAGUUGAUCGGAUGUUGUCAAAGGAAUGGACGACAAUUGAGGCAAUUGUAUCAGCUGUGGGUUAUGCUUCUAAGGCGUUUCUUCAUCUUUGCAUUUCUCAUGUGCUGGGACAAUUCGGCAAUCCUGGAAUAGAUCCUGGAAUAGGUCGGGGUGAGGCUGGUCAGACUCUCGACUGUAUUUCAAAACAAAAGUACACAUCUACGGCGCGGAAAUAUCAUGACACCGUGAAUCACCCUC